CACUUUUCCCUCUUCUCUACAUCCUCUGGAGCAGAUAAAAGGAACUGCUCCAGGGAAUCCACAUGUAGAAAGGGACAUCACUCCAUCCUGGCACUCUCCAUUUCUAUGCAGAGAUGCAUGAAGCACCUGAUGGUGUCUCCUCUUCAAGCUCUGGUGGGAAACCUGGCUGGGACUUGGACUAUAAGUAUCCUGGUCCUGCUUCUUAGAGUUUGGAUUUGGAUCCUGGAAGUUUUGUGCGAUGGAAACUCAACCAUCUUCUGACAAUCCGGAUGUAGUCAAUACGGACCAGCCAUCAGGUGUGGAACCAGAAGGAGUUGCAGAACCAUUUACAACAGUGCCAAUGCAGAUUGGAGAUCCAGGAAAUGAAGAGGGUUCGGCUGAGAUGUUUUCUGGAGCUGACCUCUCAGGAGGAGAGCCCCAAUUGGAAGAUGUUAAGCAGCAUUCAGAGCAAGGACCAGAGGAAGAGAAGAAGGAAGAACAUGAACCUUCGACAGAAAGAGGCGAAUAUUACUUUCCAGCAUAUGACUUCUCCCAGCCUCCCAGACUUCUGACGGGCUCUUGGGCCGAGUACGGCCGCAUGCCAGAAAACUUCUUGAAGGGAUGCAAAUGGGCUCCUGAUGGGACUUGUUUGCUCACCAACAGUGCGGACAACACGCUGCGGAUUUACAACCUUCCGGCGGAGCUGUAUUCUGAGGAAUGGGGGACUGUUGCUGAAAUGAGCCCAGUGCUACGUAUGGCAGAAGGAGACACUGUCUAUGACUACUGCUGGUUUCCGCUGAUGAACUCUUCCGACCCACAGACUUGUUUUGUGGCCAGCAGUAGCCGGGACAACCCCAUCCACAUAUGGGAUGCUUUUAAUGGCGAUCUCAAAGCGACUUUCCGGCCUUACAACCACCUGGACGAACUGACCGCUGCCCAUUGCCUGUCCUUCACCCCGGAUGGCUCUCGGCUUUUCUGCGGCUUCAACAAGACCGUGAGGGUGUUCAACACAUCGCGUCCCGGACGGAUGUGUGAGAACAGGCCUACUUUGGUGAAGAAGCAAGGCCAGAGCGGCAUCAUUUCUUGCAUCGCCUUCAGCCCAACGCAGCCGCUGUACGCUUGUACAUCCUACGCCAAGACGGUGGGCCUCUAUUCCUUGGAAGAAGGCCAUGCGCUGGCUAUGCUCCAGGGGCACCAGGGGGGCAUCACUCAUGCGCUCUUUUCCCCCGACGGCAACCACUUAUUUACUGGUGGUCGUAAGGAUGCUGAGAUCUUGUGCUGGGACCUUCGUCAGCCCGGCCAGGUCCUCUUCUCCGUGGAUCGGAAGGUUGCCACCAAUCAGCGGCUGUAUUUUGACUUGGAUCCGAGUGGGGUCUUUUUGGUGAGCGGGAACACAGAAGGUCUUGUCUCUGUUUGGGACACCACUCAGCCUCCGAGCAGUGAUCCUCAGCCUGUGCUACAUCCUGUUUUGCAAUUCCAGGCCCUGCAAGACUGCAUCAAUGGAGUCAGCCUCCACCCCAGCCUUCCUCUGCUGGCAGCUUCCUCCGGCCAGCGCAAGUUCCCCAGUCUCUCGGAUAGUGGGGACGAAGGAGAGCAAGAUGACCACCUUACCAGCCGCCUUACAAAUCCCGGGGAAAACUCCCUCCAACUCUGGUGGUGUGGUCCUGGGAUCGGGGCCGAAGCCUCCCAGGACAUCCCUUGACUUGGCCGCUCUGCCUCAUCUCCUUUUUGUAUGUCUGAAUGGGACCUGGUGAUGGACACAUGCAGUGGGAAAUUGCAUUUGUGCUUGGAGAUGCAGUCAGACAUCAUUGCUUUUCUCUUGGAAUGUGACACUGUUGAAGACAAAGGUGGGUGAAUAUAUAUCUAUAUAUAAAAAAAUUAUCUGUGCAUAAUGAGUUCCUUAAAAACAAAAGAACCAAUGAACAAACAAAAGAACCAAUCACACCAAAUUUGGCAACAAAAUGUCUCACCACACAAGGAGUGACCAUCACUCGAAAAAUUAUGAUUUUGUCAUUUGGGAGUUGUAGUUGCUGGGAUUUAUAGUUCACCUACAAUCAAAGAGCAUUCUGGACUCCACCAGUUAUGGAAUUGAACCAAACAUGGCACACAGGACUCCCAUGACCAACAGACAACACUAGAAGGGUUUGGUGGGCAUUGACC